UUGCUGGGAAUCCCAGUGAGGGAAGGACGGGGGAUAGAGAUGUCCAUUCCGUGGAAUUUGAAAAGAAAGAGUCCAUCACGUGAAAUCUGCAAAGAAAUCGAUAAUUGUGGCGUGAGUUAGUAUGGGGCCACAGAUGUCCAUUUCUCUGGAAUGUCUUUCAGACAUACAAUUGCAAUCCAGAUAACUUCGCAUUAUAUGGGACCGUCCAUUAUGAUCCUGGCACCAGGCUCAACAUUUGGAGGAUUCUAAAGGAAGGGUAGGCCAUGUAUAAUCAAGUGAAAGUGUAUGGACGGAGGUGACUUCAUUCCUGCCCUUAAACAGGCUUAAAUGCAUUCAACUUUCAACUUGUGAAGUAGAUUUUGCAGAAGUAUGAACAACAUACAGGCUAGCGUGGCAGUUUCUGCCAGAAACCCAAAUGAGAUAUCACAAGGAGGAAAUGGUGUGCAGUCGGAGCUCCACAGCAUUGUUGUGCAGGGACCAAAUGAAGAAAUCCAGGAUUACGGUAAGGAGGAGAAACCCAUGUCUAAAACCCAUGCUAAUCAAUCUUCAUCAUCAGGGGGGAUUGAAUUGGAAUCCAGGAGUUCCAUGAAGAGUAAUCUAGGCCAAAAGCUUUCGUUUUCAUCCAGGGUUAAAUCUGAGAUGACUGCAAGGAUGUCAACCUUCAAGAUCAACAAAAAUUCUAGUUUUAGUAGCUCUAAUGCUAGUAAAAGGCCUAAGUUUAAUAGAACUGUAUCGAGCGCAGAGAGGGGGCUGAAAAGCCUGAGAUUUCUGGAUAGAAGUGCUGAAAAAGAUGCCUGGAAAACAGUAGAGAGACGCUUCGAUCAGAUUGCUGUUGAAGGAAGACUUUCCAGACAGAACUUUGGCUCAUGUAUAGGAAUGGAGACAAAGGAGUUUGCUUUAGAACUGUUUGAUGCUCUGAAACGAAGAAAGGGUCUGCAAAGUGAUAGUGUCUCCAAGGAUGAGCUCCAUAAAUUCUGGCAGGACAUGGCUGAUCAAAACUUCGAUUCCAGGCUGCAGAUCUUCUUUGAUAUGUGUGAUAAGAAUGGAGAUGGAAGAAUAUCUGAAGAUGAGGUCAAAGAGGUCAUUGAGCUGAGCGCUUCUGCAAACAAACUGCAAAAUAUGAAGAGGAAUGCUGCAGAAUAUGCAGCUUUGAUCAUGGAUGAGCUUGACCCAGAUAAUUUAGGACACAUAGAGAUAUGGCAACUCGAGACUUUGCUACAAGGAAUGGUGAAGUCUUAUGGGAACGAAGAAGGCUUAAAGCAGAGCAAAAGGUUUUGUAGGACCAUGAUUCCCCAGCGUUGGAGGGGUCCGAUUCAUAGAUAUAUGGAGGUGGCUAGUGAAUAUAUUAAGGAGCACUGGAGGCGUAUGUGGCUUAUUUUACUGUGGAUGGCAAUAAAUGCAGGCUUGUUCACAUGGAAAUUUAUGCAAUACAGAAACAGAAGUGCAUUCCAGGUGAUGGGUUAUUGUGUUUGUGUAGCCAAGGGAGCUGCAGAAACAUUAAAGUUUAACAUGGCUCUUAUUCUCUUCCCCGUCUGCCGUAAUAUUAUCACCUGGCUCAGGUCCACCUUUCUGGGUUCCAUUUUCCCUUUUGAUGACAACAUUAACGUUCACAAGGUAAUUGCUUCAGGAGUUGCCAUGGGUGUGUUCAUUCAUGGGACUGUGCAUCUCGCCUGUGACUUUCCCAGAAUUGCUUCGUGUCCAACGCCAAAUUUUAUUGCAACAAUAGGACAUGGCUUCCAUAAUAGAAAACCUAGUUAUGGGGAUUUACUGUCGAGCACAGUGGGCCUGACAGGAGUUAUAAUGGUGUUUGUCAUGACAUUCUCCUUCACCCUGGCCCUUCAUAGUUUCAGAAGAAAUGUGGUGAAGUUGCCUUGGCCUCUGCAUAAUCUGGCCGGGUUUAAUGCUUUCUGGUACGCUCAUCAUUUGUUCAUUGCUGUCUAUGCUAUGCUCAUUGUCCAUUCCAUUUUCAUAAAGCUCACAGCAGAAUGGUAUCACAAAACGACUUGGAUGUAUCUAGCCAUUCCUAUAAUUUUCUAUGCCGGUGAGCGCUUUCUGAGAUUCUUCCGUGAAAAUAACUACAGAGUAAGCAUAGUUAAGGUUGCAAUAUAUCCUGGUGGUGUCCUUGCAUUACACAUGAGCAAACCCCCAAGAUUCAAGUAUAAAAGUGGGAUGUACAUGUUCAUCAAGUGUCCAAAUGUUUCUCCAUUUGAAUGGCAUCCAUUUUCCAUUACCUCAGCUCCAGGAGACGACUACUUAAGCGUUCAUAUACGAACACUAGGUGAUUGGACUAGAGCACUUCAGCGGAUAUUCUCUAAGGUUUGUGAGCCUCCUGCUGGCACUAAGAGCGAUCCCCUUGCGGCUGAUGGUAUGUUGAUAGCUCAUGGAGGAAAAUCUCCUAACAGAUUUCCCAAGCUCUAUAUUGAUGGACCAUAUGGAGCUCCAGCCCAAAGCUAUACAAAGUAUGAUAUUCUGCUGCUGGUGGGACUGGGCAUUGGGGCAACACCCUUCAUCAGCAUCCUCAGAGAUCUUCUUAAUAACAUCAAAUACAAGGAAGAAAAUAUUGAUGAGAGUGGAAGCAAAGGUGAAUCGAGUCCAGGAAGUGGUGAAGGAAGGCGGAGUAAAGAAGGGAUCCCUGCACGCGCAUAUUUCUACUGGGUUACAAAAGAGCAAGGGUCUUUCGAGUGGUUCAAAGGGGUCAUGAAUGAAAUUGCAGAAAGCGAUCAGAACAGAGUGAUUGAAAUGCACAACCACUUAACGAGCGUGUAUGAAGAAGGUGAUGCCCGCUCAGCUCUGAUAGCGAUGGUGCAAUCCCUGCAUCAUGCCAAAAAUGGAUAUGACAUCGUUUCAGGCUGCAGGAUUCGAACACACUUUGGGAGGCCAAACUGGAGCAGGGUGUUCUCCAAGAUAGCUGCGGCCCACAUGGGCGCUCGAAUAGGGGUCUUCUAUUGCGGGCCUCCUAUGCUUGCAAAUCAAUUACGCUCACUUUCGCAGGAAUAUACCCACAGCUCAAACACUCGCUUUGAUUUUCACAAAGAAAACUUCUAGCCAACUUUCUCACAUUUCUACUACGGUAUUUAUGUUUGUAUGUAUCUGUUUAACAGAAAGCUUUGGUGGCUUAUUGUUAGAUUAAUGUUGCUAACAUUGUGAUCAUUGCACUUCCAAUGUUCAGUUUGGGUGCAGCAGCUGAAGUCAGGAGAAAUUAGCCUCAUAUUUCUGGUACUUGUUUAAGAUUUUAUUUAGAAUUUGUGUUAUUUUUGUAAAGCUUGUUGCUGAUUUCAUACGUAAAACUAGUGGCUCAUUUUAGCAAAGUUUUUUUUAAGAGGCAAGAUCUUCUAGUUUAGUGUCCAACAUGUAUAUUAUAUUUGGGAUGUGACUAUAUAAAAGUCACUUGUCUUGUUGGUAUAUGUGAUCAGUCCAUAAAAAUAUUUUUGUAGUCUACAAUUUUCAGUAACAAUAAAAAAAUGAGCGUCUCGUUUGAGCAUUUUAUCCGGUA